UCCUCUUCACAAUUCUUCUAAAAACAUAUAAUCUGUUCUCUCUUUUCUCUAAAAUAAUUCUUGAAAAAAUGGUGUCUUUCAGUUGGGUUUUCUUGGCUAUUUCUGUAAUGAUGGUGGGUUUGGUUAGUUCUGCAAGAUUUGAGGAACUAUAUCAACCUAGUUGGGCGAUGGACCAUUUGACAACUGAAGGAGAAAUUCUCAGGAUGAAACUGGACAAUCAAUCUGGUACUGGGUUUCAAUCAAAGAGCAAGUAUUUGUUUGGGAAAGUUACUGUUCAGAUUAAGCUUGUAGAGGGUGACUCUGCUGGAACUGUCACUGCUUUCUAUAUGUCAUCAGAAGGACCAACCCACAAUGAGUUUGAUUAUGAGUUUCUAGGUAACACAACUGGUGAACCAUACACAGUACAAACCAAUGUCUACGUGAAUGGUGUUGGUAAUAGGGAACAAAGAUUGAACCUAUGGUUCGACCCAUCCAAAGAAUUCCACUCAUAUUCCAUCAUGUGGAACCAGCGCCAAGUUGUAUUCUUGGUAGAUGACACACCAGUUCGUGUGCACUCGAAUUUGGAGCACAAGGGGAUCCCAUUUCCCAAGGACCAACCAAUGGGUGUAUACAGUUCAAUAUGGAAUGCAGAUGAUUGGGCUACACAAGGCGGGUUAGUCAAGACUGACUGGUCCAAAGCACCCUUUGUAGCAUCCUACAAGGGAUUUGAGAUUGACGGUUGUGAGUGCCCGGAAACUGCUGCACUUGCUGAGAAUACUCGGCGUUGCAGCAGUAGUGGUGCUAAGAAGUAUUGGUGGGACGAACCCGUUAUGUCCGAGCUAAGCCUGCACCAAAGCCACCAGUUGGUUUGGGUCAAGGCACAUCAUAUGGUUUAUGAUUAUUGUACUGAUACUGCUAGGUUCCCUGUUGCCCCUGUUGAGUGCCAGCACCACCAGCACAAGACUACUAAGAACUAGCUGGUCACAUUUGUGUGCUGAUUGGGAAUUUUGGGGUUCAGUCUUGUAUUGUGUAAAAAGAUGGAACAAAAGAAAAUGGCAUGAACUCCAUGUUGCAUGAUUUUGGUCACCUCUCCUUGUUGUAUGUAAAAAUCUCAUUAUCUCUUUGUUUAAUGUUUAUGGUUUAUUAAUGGAGUAUUUUUCAUUUGAAUUC